GAUUGGUGGGCUCUGCUCAAGCAGCCUUGCAGACCACCUUGGGGUGCACGAGCUCUGUGCAAGACUCCUGCAAUGACCUCUUUUACCAGUGAUGAAAGAAGACUUUGGGCGGGGUUUAGGGUCGUGUUGAGCGCCUCAUCACACCUGUUUCUACAUCCCAUGAAGAAGAGCUUGAACGUGUUGCUGUGCAAAAAGACAUGAAAAUGGUCCAAAAGUGGAUGGAGACACUUGUUUUACUGUUCUUUUGUCAAGAAACUCUCCAACUGAGUUCUCUGACAGAGAAAACGGAUGGAAAGAGGGUGGAGAUCACUUGUGCACCAGUCUCUAAGAUUAAGAGCAACAUGGUGAUUUGGUUUAGAGUGCAAGACAACGCUGGAAUGGAGUUUAUUGCAUCAUUUAGUACCAAGGACGGUAUGAAGAAAACAGACUUUAACAAUGAGGUCUUCAGCGAGGAGCAGAUAAACAAAAACAUCUUGAUACUGAAGGCUUUCAAAAAGGCUCGAGAUAGUGGCGUCUACAGCUGUGCAUCAAUCAAUGGUAACGCGCUUGUGUUUGGUGAGGCAACUCGACUUGCUGGGCCAGCCCCUACGACAACAACAACCACCACGACUACACCAAUGACCACAGCCAUAGAGCUAACCAGCUCUACAACUGCCAAGUCGUGCAAAGUGGGAAAGGUGGACCCUACUGCAUCCUGUGAUUUGAUCGUUUGGGCACCAUUGGCUGCUGGCUGUGGCCUCCUCUUCCUCCUCAUCAUCAUCACUGUAUGCCACUGCAACCGGAUAAGAACGAAACGAUGCCCACAUCAUUACAAAAGACAACACUGAGAGAGACGGAAGACGGUGCGACGUCUCUACUACCAACAAUUCAGUUUGUUCUAUUAUAUACAUUUUUACUGAGACAUUUACUCCGUAACACCAUUGAAAUAGUAGAAAUAGAAGAAUUCUCGCUCUCUUCAUUUAAUCAACAUAAUAGCUUUAUGGCAGGUUUUUGAAGAUGAUUCAUGUCGUUACUCAGUCUAAUGACGAGAUAUGUAUUGCUUAUAGCUUAGUUUAAAAUGAUGUUAUGAGAUACUUUUCUCCUUAUGACUUUCAUGGCCUGUAAAUGAAACCAAAGACAAAAGCUUUGCAGUGGAACUUCAAUAAAACCAAGGUAACAUUUUCUAA